CUUUUCUCCAGAACUUUGAUCCGGCCGAAGCACAACAGCGAAAGCUAUUGCAUGCCUUACCAACAUGGCUGAUAAAAAUACGAAUAAAGCCAUCGAAGACGAGGAUGACGAGAUAGAUGAGGAUGAAAGCAUAUCUGAGCGAUUGUUGGGAUUAACAGAGAUGUUCCCAGAGGGUAUUCGCAAGACUUGUGCCUGUGCCACAUCUUUUCUUGCAGCAGCAACUAAGUCAAGCUUCUUUCUUCUUCGUGGUGCUCUUUGGAUUGCUAGCUCCUCUGCGGUUAUUCUUAUCCUCCCUGUGAUAUUUGAAUCGGAGAGGGCUCAACAGCAUGAAGAACAACUUCAGCAACAGAGACAGAUCUUGCUGGGACCCAAUGCAGCCGUUUCUGGAAGUGCAGGCAGUAAUAGUUUGUUACCAGGAAUGGGUAUGGUACCUCCAUCAAGAGGUUAAUGUGAGACAUCAUAUUUGCAAGCUUUAGUGCCAGUCAUUAUAUUCAUCAGCAUUUUAGCUUGUCAUCAAGGUUUUUAUGAAUGUUUUAGUAGAAGUUUUAACUAGUUGUUUAGCAACAAUUUUAAAUAGUGAAAAAAAAAUUAUUAGAGAUCUUGUUAUUUAAACUAAACUUGCUUUGCCUCAAGUGGUAACUUAGUUGUAAAAAUUCUGUUGUAUAAGUAGAACAAAAAUGGUGAAAUGUGUGAUUGUUCUGAAUCAAAGCAACAUCCUAUUUCUAUUCUACAUGUUAGCUAGUGGUUACAUUUGUGCAAAAAGUAGAAGUGUCACAAUGUUCAUUUGCUAUUGUUUGUAAGAAUAUGCCUAAGUAGUGCAAUUUUGGGAACAUUUUCUGCUUUGAAGGUUCCAGCAAAUUUUGUCUUCAAUUGUACAUCAGGCCAAUGGAAAAGAGACUUUAUAAAAUUCCAAGCUCUAUUGCUUUUCUUUUGUGUGCAUAUAUUUUUAUGCAGACAUUUUUUAAGAAAAUACAUGUUACAUUAUUUGAAUAAAAUGUUUAUUACACAUCA